AUGCCUCCACUCCUUGUUGAGCUUCUCACCAUUGCGCUCAAAAGGAAUUUUACUAAUUUCUCUUUAUAUUUUAAAUUUAUUCGCGUAUCUUUUUUCCCCUUUAUUGUCUAUAUUUCUUUCUUUACUCUUUCUUUAUCUUCUUUCCACUCCUUGCAGCCAUCUGUCCGCACCUCCUCCCGCACACGUUAUUAUUCGCCUCUCUUCUUUUUCUUCUUCUCUCUCUUUCUCUUUCUCUCUCACUCGUUACCUUUCCAACUUCUUCGAUUCGUCAUCCUCAUCCUACGGCUCUUCGUCUUUUGUUUACAACAUCGUCACGCUUGCCUUCAGAAUUUUCCCUCCUUUUUUUAUCGGCACCUGACCAGCUUUUCACAAUUUUUUCCUCCCUCCGCCUUGUUUAAAAGAUUCUUUUCAUCCAACACCCGUUUGUCAUUCACCGAUUUUACCCAGAGACCAUUAUUCUCCUCCAAGAGGACGACGUUCUGCCGCCCGUUUCCACUCCGAUUUCCUUAUUUUCUUCAUUUUAUUUACUCCUGGCUUCCCCGUAUUUUUCCAUAUCUAUUCUUUAAUCUACCCACUAUUUAUUUAUUUAUUUAUUCACUUAUUUAUUUAUUCAUACAUUCGGCUUCUUUCGAGUUGCUUCUUUCUCUCUAA